UCACUGGGUCCUGGCCAGUGAUUCCCCAUCGGCAACCGGCUAUCGCCGAGUAUCACUGACGGGGGAGAGACCUGUAUAACGCUGUUUUGUAUGGCUCUGCAUAGCAGUGCCAUACAAAGCAAAGUGCUUACACUGUAAAACACAGCACAUAGUAAAACAGUACACAGUUAACCCUUUGAUCACCCUAGAUGUUAACCCUUUCCUGCCCAGUGUCAUUAGUACAGUGUCAGUGCUUUUUAUUAGCACUGAUCACUGUAUUAGUGUCACUGGUGAUGUCAGUGACAGUUAGUCAGUUCCCACCCAGUGUCAGAAUGCCCGCCGUAGUCCCG